AUGACGUGGCGCCCCCUGGCGGCCCCCGCGGUGCCCCUGGUGGGGACAAUGGCGCUGCUGCUGGUGACAGGUGUGACAGGUGACACGCGGGUGGUCGGUGGCCGCGCCUGUGUCCCGCACUCGCAGCCCUGGCAGGUGGCCGUGCUGGACAUGUACAAACUCUACUGCGGGGGCGUCCUGGUGGCACCGCGCUGGGUGGUGACAGCGGCACAUUGUACCACACCUGGGGUGACCACGGUGGCCCUGGGCAAGCACAACCUGGUGACCACGGUGGCCCUGGGCAAGCACCGGCUGUACGCGCGCGAGGCCGGCGAGCAGCGCCGUAUGGUUGCGCGCCGCGUCGCCCACCCGGGCUAUGACCCGUCCACCAAGGACAACGACAUCAUGCUGCUCAAGCUGGUGGCCCCCGCGGCCAUCUCGGAGCGCGUCCGGCCCAUCCCGGUGGCCUCGUGCCUCCCCCAGCCCGGCACCGCCUGCGUCACCUCGGGCUGGGGGGCCACCACCUCACCUGAAGUGACGUACCCCGAGGUGCUGCAGUGCGUCAACGUCACCUUGUUCUCCUCGGCCGAGUGUCGCCGCUUCUACCCCGGCUCCAUCACGGCCAACAUGAUCUGUGCCGGCAACGUGGAGGGUGGAACGGACUCCUGCCAGGGCGACUCGGGCGGGCCCCUGGUGUGCCGGGGGGCCUUGCAGGGCAUCGUCUCGUGGGGCAUGGAGCGCUGCGGGCAGCCCCGGCGCCCCGGCGUCUACACCAAGGUGUGCCGGUACGCGCGGUGGAUCCGGGACACCAUGGAGGACACCUCCGUGCCCCAUCCCGCCCGGAUUUUGGGGGGAUCCGAGUGCCCCCGGGGGGAGCACGCGGGGCUGGUUCGGCUCUUCCAGUUUGACCAGUUCGUGUGCGGGGGGGCGCUGCUGAGCCCCCAGUGGGUGCUGAGCGCCGCCCACUGCUGGGCCAGCCACCUGCAGGUGCGCGCAGGUGAGCACAGCCUGGCUCAGGUGAGCGGCCACGAGCAGUUCGCAGCCGCCGUGGAGCUCGUGGUGCACCCGGACUUCGGGCGGGAGGAGGAAAAUUCCCGGGAUUCGGGGGCGGGUCCCGGGAAUUCCGGGAACUUCUCCUCCCUCCCUUUUCCUUCCGGGAAUUCUUUUGGGAAUUCCCGCGAUCCCGGCCGCUCCCACGACCUGAUGCUGCUCAGGGUGGAGCCGCCCUUUACCUGCGGGCCGCAGGUGAGGCCCCUCCCCCUCCCCGAGGCCCCGCCCAGCCCCGGCUCCACCUGCACCGUGAUGGGCUGGGGGAGCACCAGCAGCCCCGAGGGUGUGUCCCUGUCCCCAGAGUCGUACCCGGAUGUCCCUCAGUGCCUCAAUGUCACCGUGCUCGGGGACAGCACCUGCCGCGAGGCCUACGGGGAGCAGGUGACCCCGGACAUGCUGUGUGCAGGUGUGAGCGAGGGCGGCAAGGACUCCUGCCAGGGGGACUCCGGGGGUCCCCUGCUGUGCCAGGGCCGGCUCCAGGCCGUGGUGUCCUGGGGGGGGCACCCCUGUGGUCAGCCCGGCCGCCCGGGGGUCUACGCCCGCGUCCAGCCCGAGCUGGCCUGGAUCCGACAGGUCAUGGGGGCCGACGGAGUGACCUCUGACCCGGCCUGUGACCCCGAGUGA